CAAUAUUUGGUUGCCAUAGUUGAUUUUGUUUAUGCUAGUUUACAUCGCUCAGAUUUAUCAUUAAUUAACUCCUAUCUUAGUAUCUACGUUUGACGCAUGAAAAGUAAGAAAACACAUGUUUAAAAUCUUCUAAAAUGGCUUCUGUCAAGAAACGGAAAGGUUUAUACAAUGUAAAGUUCUGGUUCAGUAAUGCAAUAGAUUUUAUCAGAAUGGCCUUAUUUGAACCUAGAAAAACUUGGUUUGUGGCUUUGCUCCUUUGUUCAGCUGAGAUAUUUGUCAAUAUCUUUGUUAUAUGGAAAAUAAAGUACACUGAAAUAGACUGGGAAGCGUACAUGCAAGAAGUGGAAGGAUUUUUGAAUGGCACUCAUGAUUAUACAAAACUUCAGGGUGCCACAGGACCACUUGUUUACCCUGCUGGAUUUGUCUACAUCUUCAGUGCUCUAUACUAUUUGACUAAAAAUGGAAGCAAUAUUCGGCUUGCUCAGUAUAUUUUCCUUUUAUUGUACAUGGGAACAUUGGUUCUCCUUUUUUCAAUUUAUCAGAAAUCAUCAAGGGUUCCACCAUUUGUAUUCUUCUUCAUGUGCUGUGCAUCAUACAGAAUUCAUUCAAUUUAUAUCCUUCGACUUUUCAAUGAUCCUGUGGCAAUGUUUCUUUUUUAUAUUGCUACAUAUUUGUUUAUUAAUCAUUCGUGGAAUUGGGGAUGCCUUAUUUUCAGUUUGGCUGUCAGUGUCAAAAUGAAUAUUUUGCUAUUUGCACCUGGACUCUUGGUUUUGUUACUGGAAUCGCAUGGCUUUUGGGUGCCCGGAAAACUAUUUAUAUGUGCUUUGCCACAAUUGAUUUUGGCUGUUCCUUUUUUACUUGCCAAUCCAGUUGGUUACAUUGUUAGAUCUUUUAAUUUGGGACGGCAGUUUUUAUUCAAAUGGACUGUGAACUGGCGUUUUUUAUCGGAAACAAUAUUCUUGAAUCGUUAUUUUCAUAUGGCGCUUUUGAUUCUUCAUAUCACGUUUUUAAUCGUCUUUUUUUUCUUUAAAUGGAAAGGAUCUUUUCGCAAAGUGACAAGAUAUUUUGAUAAGACUUAUCAGUACAAAACUUUAUCCACAAACGAUAUCCUGGGUUUGUUGUUUACCUCAAAUUUUAUUGGUAUGUGUUUUUGUCGAUCGCUACAUUAUCAAUUCUACGUUUGGUACUUUCAUACUUUACCAUUUCUAAUGUGGGAUACAAAACUAUCAUCUCCAUUAAGAAUUUUAAUACUUGGUGUGAUAGAAUUGUGUUGGAAUACAUAUCCAUCUACAAAUGUUAGCUCGCUUGCACUCCACGUCUGCCAUGCGGUUAUUUUGCUGUCGCUUUUGUUUUACAGCAGAGAUGAUGAAAAAAAGCUCAGCUAAGAUAUGCCUCAUUAAAAGUAAGAUUUAUAACAAAAUUACACACCGCACGAUGAUUUAAUCAUGGCUAUGCAGCUUGUGCUACUUCUUUUACGGAAAGUUGCAGUUAUCUAGAGUUGCAGUUGCACGAUGCUGGAUAUGUCUAUAUCAAAAUAUCCAACUGUAAGCCGUUGUGCAGUUUAUUUUUGAAAAGUAGGAAUCGUUGACUUACAAUUGUUACAUGAUUAAAAAGAUGAUUGCUUUUUAAUCUAAAUAAUAUGUCACCAUUGUUAUGACUGAUUAUUUAAAGUAAAAAAAAAAAAUCAUUAUCAAUGCCAAGAAAAAUAUUCUAAGUUUUUAGCUAUCAUUUUAUGACUGUAGGAGUGACUGUAAUAUUUAACUUUCUCAAUAUAUUUUUCUUGUAUUUCGUACGAAAACAUUGGCUAAUGAUUAGUCAGUGGAUGACAGUUAUUGGUCAUUAAUGAGUUGAUCUUUAUCUUUUUAAUAUAUAACGCUAACAUGCAUUGAUUACUUGUUAUAUUGUGUGCUAAGCUUGCUUCGGAUAUUUAGCAAAAACAAGGAAAGCAUUUUAUCAAAAGAAGACAUUAUAGAAGCAAUUCGCGUUUUUUACGUAUUAUCCAAGCCAAACUUUUCGGUCAAAAAUUUGUUGAAUUUGACAUGUUGACGUUAUAAGCUGGCGUAACAGAGAACAAUGGAAAAAUCGAAAAUUUUUACUCAAUUAAAAUACCACAUUUAGUCUGGCAUGUUGUCAAA